GAAGAAGAAAAAAAAAAAGAGAGUGGACUCGAGUUACGUUCAGAGUCGGCUCUCACCGAGUGAGUUUGCUGGGAAGGGAGCAGCAAAAUCCAAACCCGUCCGUAUUAUAUAUAACCACCCGAUAAAAAAGGGAUCUUUCGAUUUUUUUUUUUUUUGGGUUGGGUGUGAGUGAGUGUGUAAAAAGAAAAAAAAAAGAAAGAGAUGGAGAAGGAAGAGGAGAUAAUAAGUCUCUCACCUCUUUACUACUACUAUUCUCCUUAUGUUGUCUUAAAUCUUUUUCCCGACUCCUUCCCUAACCCUAAUUCUUCUUCUUCUUCUUCGUCUACAAUUCAAUUCUCGAUUUUUUUUCCUCAAUCCUAUUUACGGGUUUCCAAUUCUCACCAUCAUCUUCUUCUCUAUCCUCUCGGAUUGUCCUCUCUAUCUUUGCUAAGUGGAGUGGAGGUGCUUCUACGAUCAUCAGCUAUAGUUAGUCUUGAAGUUGAGUAAUCUGCUAAGAGCGGAAAGAGUGUAUAUGCAUCUCUACAAUGGAAGCUAAUGAUGGUUUGAAUAAUACGGUGAGGAAGAAGCGUAGCUUGACUUGUCGUCGUCGUCCUCGCCCUGACGGAUCCACUCUCUUAAAGCCUCCUCCACAUAACUCCAGCAAGAUCUCCAGUGAUGAUAUACCCGCUUUUGAUACUAACCCUACAAGGAAAGAGUUUAGUCUUAGCCACUGUAUCUCAAGGGCUGAUUCUAUUGCUGAGUCCCAAAGAGGAACUAAUGGUACUCGUCGGAGAGAGAUCGUCAAUAGAUACAAACGCUCUACUGAAGGUGUACUCGCACCUGCUAGCUGGAAGAACACUAGCUGUGAAGAUGAAGGUAAUGGCAGGAUCAAUGGAAAGGCUUUGCUAGGGAGUGAAACAAAGAGAAUGAAGCUUAAGAUCAGUGGUGGUGUGAGUCGGCUGCUUCAUGCUAAUGGUUCUUCUCGAAAGUCUUCAAAACCGUUGGUGAAUGAUACUACUAACAACGAUUUGGAGGAAAGUUCAGAUUCCCCUCUAGAUGACAAGGCUGGUCUCGAAGACGAAUCUAUGAGUGGGAGGCGAAAACAAGGGGAACCAGGUGGCUCGGUUCGCAAGAGCAAAAGAGCCCCCAAGAAGAGGGUUUUCGAUAACGAUGAUGACAGUGAUGGUGAGAUCCGUUAUUUGGAAAAACUCAAGUUUAGGAAUGUCUCUCUGUGUAAUGAAGAGACUGAGUCCGUGAGGAGGGAGCUGAAGGCAUCUAAUGGGGAAAAGGCUUCCGAAGAGAUGGAUUAUGAGGAGGAGGAACUUGAUUCGGUGGCUGUUGAAAAGGGGAUUGGUAAUGAGGUUAAGAGGGAAGCGACUUUGACUACUCGCCAACGAGCCCUUGCUUCUGCAUCUGGCAAACCAAGCGCGAUUGAAUUUAUAGAUGGAUUACCUCCUACUACCUCGAGAAGGAAGAAGGAGAAUCUUUCAGAGAUGGAGCAGCAACUGAAGAAGGCAGAAGCUGCUCAAAGGCGAAAAGUUCAGGUUGAGAAGGCUGCAAGGGAGGCUGAGGAAGAGGCCAUUAGAAAAAUUCUAGGUCAAGAUUCGAGCAGGAAGAAGCGUGAAGACAAAAUUAAAAAACGACUUGACGAAUUGGCACAGGAGAAAGCUGCACAUGAGGAGAGGGUCUCAACAAGCUACAUCAGAACAAUAAUGGGUCCUAAUGGAACCACUGUUUCUUUUCCCAUUGACAAAGUGCCUAGCCUGUUCGAUCCCAAACCAUCCGGCUAUCCUCCUCCUCGGGAAAACUGUGCGGGUCCAUCGUGCACCAAUCCUUACAAGUAUCGUGAUUCAAAGACAAAGCUUCCUCUCUGCAGCCUCAAAUGUUACAAGGCGGUUCAGGAGCAGCAGCAGCAACAGACCGCACCGGUUUAGAUAUUGAUUUUAUUUUUUUAUAUAUAAAAAGGUCAACAACUCAGCUCUCUGAGUUUAUAGAGAUUACAGGAAGAAGACAUGUUUUAGUCUUUGUUUUGCUUUACUUCGGUCUCUGAUUGGAUAGUUCAUUUUUCCUUUGUGAGUAGACGAGAUCAUGGCCUUCCAUUGGCGUUUUACCAAACAAUGACAUCAUAGCAGUUCAUAUAUAUCAUUCUACAACAGCUUCUUUAAUGAUAAAACUACAUUUGAACUAGACAUGAUACAAAAAUGCUCUCUAUUAUUGAAGCAAGCUUAAUGGGCGCGCAGUACGCCGUCGUUUACUAACUGUGAU